UGUAAAUAUAGAUCGGGGCACAAAUACUGUACCACAGUCAUCAUACGUGAGCUAAGAAGUGCGUGUUCUAGAUGAGCUUCUCUGACGGUGAUCUAACUCCAAGUGACUACAUACACUUGCCUGAUGACUGGGCUGUGCUGCUGGUCAACGAUGAAAAUACGUUCAUACAAGCUUGGGAGAUCGUGGAUGAUGCGUACGUAUGCGCACUAGAUGCAGAAUGGGAGCCUUACACUUCCAAGCCGUGUGCCAGCCUGGUGCAGGCUGCAGUUCGCACGCGCGGCAGCGCUGAACAGUAUCUUCUCCUUAUGGACUUUGAGGCUGUCCCCAAGCUCGAUCUGAGGCGCCUCCUGCAGAAGAUCUUUAGGGACAGGGCCAUGCUGAAGGUGGGCUAUGGCCUCCUGAUGGAUCUGCGCGCCAUAGCGACCGGGCUGGGCGGCGAGGGCACCGGCUGCGUUUCGGUUGUGGACCCUUUUAUCGACAUCGGCUCCCUGCACCGGGCGCUGUACAGCAAGGGCACGCCAGGCAUCGCCAAAGUAGAGGGCAAGGGCCUGGCUGGCCUGGUGGAGGUGCAGCUGGGCCAGCGACUGGACAAGCGCCUGCAGUGCAGCAGCUGGUCUCAGCGGCCGCUGCAGCCCGACCAGAUCGCCUAUGCCGCGCUGGAUGCAGCCGUGCUGCUGCUGCUUCUUGACAGCUUCAUUGCCGCCGCGGCCCCCGCUCUGGAGAAUGGUCGCGGAGAUCUGCACGGCAGGACUGAGAGGACUGCUGCAGAGGACACCUUUGCAGGCGGCGGCGGAAGGAGCACAGCCGUCCAAGUUGCCGCCUGCAGCGAGACAGGGCAUGAGACUGGCAACACAGGAGGGUCACGGGAGGCAGAUGCGCUGCAGACUGAUAUUCCAGAUUCAGCGUCGAGCUCGCGGGGAGGAUGUGACAUUGUCACACAGCUGGCUGAGGACCUCCAGAGCUCAUGCUCAAUCAGGGAGGGGGAGCAUGGCAGCUCAGAUGCUGUGGCCUGGACGUUCGAAAAUGACGGCCAUGCUCAAUUAAUCAGCGAUGAUUCUGGCAGUCAGCACAGUGCAAGGGACACGAGAACGGGUGGAGGGGAGGUGCAUGCAGCACAGGAGGCAAUGCAGUCGGCUGCUGCAGUCUGGGGAAGCAGACUAGAGGUUGGGGGCUGCGCGCCAAAGAACAAAAAGGACAGGAAUCCCCCGGUAAAGAAGCUCACAGCUGCAGAACGCACUGAAGACUUUGGUAAGCCCACAUGGUUUCUAAUAUGA